GUACAUCGUCUCCAACGUCGUGGCCUCCCACAACUGGAGCACGCACGUCGUGGUCCUGGGCAGCGGCAGUGGCUAUGGGGCGGCGGGCUUCCAGCCGGGCACCCCCGGCUUCCGGCCGGGCUCGCAGUGGACGUGGCACGCCGGGCUCGGCGGCGACCCGGAUUCGGGCUAUUACGCGAACUAUUGUAUGCAUCAGGUGCUCAUCCAGCACGUCGGGGACACCGACGAGGGCGGAGGGGAGCAGGAGAGGCCGGUCGUCUUUGACGUCGGGGCCGGCUUGGGGGUGGCCACCGCGCACUUCGCCUCGCGCAUCCCGAGGGCUCGCAUUUUUGCCUUCGAGCCGGCGCCGCAAGCCUUCGAGCUCCUGCAGAGAAACGCGGGCAGCUUGAAGAUGCGGUACCGCCGAUUUGGCGCCGCGGGAGCGGGCUCCUGCGCCGGCAGCGUGCUCUACGGGGGCCCCGUGACCUCGCGGGGGCAGUGCCAGCUGAUGUGCUCACACCGCGAGUCUUGCAACUACUACGUCUUCUGGGACAGCUUCGUGUCCGGCAAUGCUCGGAGCGGCCGGCCGUGGUGCCGCCUGACCGAGUCCUGCGCGUCGCGGUCCAGGGAGCUGAACCCGAGGAACAUGGGCCCGAACAUGGGCACGGCCUUCCAGAAGGAGGCGGCCGUUGCGGGCAGAGCGGCGACGGCGGUGCUGUACAUGACCGCCGUGGGCGCAGACGAGGGGCGUGCGCGGACCCUGCGGUACUGGACGGAGUCGGCCAGCGUGAGCCUGCCGACCAUCCAGCGCCGCGGGCCUGCCGAGGAGUACGAGGACUUCACUUGCAACGUCACGGCCCUGUCGACCGUCAUCGACAGCCACAGGCUGCAGCGGGUGGACAUCUUAAAGGUGACGUCCGCCCUCGGUGGCCUCGACGUGCUCCAGAGCGUGCAGGAGCACCAUUGGCACAUGGUGCGUCAGUUGGUCGUGGGCCCCAGCGGCGUCGCCGCAGAGGUGUCGUCCUUUCUGAGGCGCAGAGGCUUCCAAGUGGAGGAGCAGCCCGGCACCGAUGGCGACGUCUUCCUCUACGCCACCCGCCCGUGAGAGCUCUCCGGCGGGGCGCAUCGCCCGCCCGCCAAACGCGGCCCGCGGCAUCGGCGACGCCCCCCACGCCGCGCGGCGUCCGUCGACGGUGCUCGGUGGCGCCGCC